AUGGAAGCUCUUCUUAUUGCAGCAUAUUGCUUGGUCAUUAGUAGUGGUAUAUUUGGUAAUGUGUUAGUGUGUAUUGUAAUAUUUAGAAAUACUGAAUUACGUUCUUCAAGGAAUUUACUAAUUCUUAAUCUGUCUGUGUGUGAUAUUUUCAUGGAUUUAGUCUGCAUGCCUCUAUCAUUGGUGAGAUUAACUUUAAAGAACUGGCCAUUGGGGGAAUUUCUAUGUCGUAUAAUUCCUUCCAUGCAGACAGUUGAUGUAUUCGUCUCAACCUUUACAAUUCUAGCUAUUGCUAUCGACCGUUAUCAUGCUAUUGUCCGUGCCUCCAGAGAAAAACGCAAGAGUAGAAAAAAUAUUUAUGUUAUUGUUGGUAUUUGGAUUGUAUCGCUACUUUUCUCAACACCAAUGCUUUUGUUUCACCAAGUAGAAACUGUUGAUGUAAUGGAUUUUACAAUGUGUGUAGAGAAUUGGCCGAAUACAGCAUUUCGAGGCACAUUUGGUGUCAUUGUAAUGGUGGUACAGUAUUUAUCACCAACUCUAGUUAUCAGCUGUCUUCACGCACGAAUAUGUCACUUCCUUCAUGCUCGAAUUGAAGAGAAUCCUGUUACCUUAACAGAAAUGAACCGCGCUGUACGGGAUAUGCGCAGACACCGUCGUAAUUUAUUUCUCUUAACAGCCAUUACUAUAACUUUUGCUUCAACGUGGCUUCCACUUACAGUUUUGAAUAUUGCUGCCGACUUCGAUCACAACUUCUUUGACGAAAAACAUUUUAAUUUGGUAUUCGCGUGGUGUUUACUUUUAGCUAUGGGCUCGUCGUCUUUAAAUCCAAUAUUUUAUGGAUGGUUUAAUUUGAAUUUUAGAAAGGGAUUCUAUGCCUUAUUGUGCUUUGGUAUACCGGAUAACGAACAAUCAGAGAGGAGUAGUCUCAACAGUAGAGAAAAGAGAUCACAAAGUGCUAUGUACGAUAGUAUUCGCUCAAAUCAAUCACACAAAUCAAACUCUAGUAAAUGA